AUGUCGGAGCUGAAACUAGAUUUACAUACGGAUGCGAUCAGGAAGUUGAUCCGCAACUACCAAACAACCACAGUUACUGUUGAGACUGGAGUGGUUAUAACCAAUUCCGAUGGUAUCUUGAGCAUCUCGGGCAUUAGCGAUGCCAAGUUAAAUGAGAUUCUCAUUGUUAAGGAGAACCUGUAUGCUCUUGUUCUUUCUCUGGGUUCCGAUUUGGUUGGAGCAGUUAUGCUUAGUGAAUACCAAAAUGUUUUUGAGGGGGAUGAAGUAAAGAGAACUGGAAGAACAUUUUCGGUUCCUACUGGAUCGCAAUUAUUGGGUAGAGUGAUCAACGUUGUUGGUGCUCCUAUAGAUGGUGGUGCGGAACUUUCUAAUGCUCAAUUCGAACAGGUAGAGAGGCAGGCUCCUGGGGUUAUGGCCAGACAGUCGGUUACAGAACCUCUUUAUACGGGUAUUCUUACAAUCGAUUCUCUGAUUCCAAUAGGUAGGGGGCAGAGGGAGCUUAUUAUUGGUGACAGACAGACAGGUAAAACAACUAUUGCUAUAGACGCCAUCAUUAAUCAAAAGGAUCAGAAUUGUAACUGUAUAUACGUUUCCAUUGGACAGAAAAACUCUACCCUAUUCCAAGUUAUUCAGAAGCUGAAGGAGAAGGAUGCUUUAAGUUACACCACCAUCGUAAGUGCAUCCGCUUCAGAUCUUCCGUCACUUAAAUAUUUGGCUCCAUUCGUUGGAAUCACUAUAGCUGAACAGUGGAUGAAGGAAGGUAAAGAUGUUCUUAUUGUGUAUGAUGAUCUCACACAACACGCUAUUGCUUACAGGACCAUGUCACUGCUUCUUAACUUUCCUCCAGGCCGUGAGGCUUAUCCUGGUGAUGUCUUUUAUCUUCACUCUCGACUUCUGGAAAGGUCUGGUAGGCUUAAUAAACAGCAUGGAGGUGGGUCUAUAACGGCUCUUCCUAUCAUACAAACACAGGCUGAUGACAUUUCCGCUUAUAUUCCAACUAAUGUCAUCUCCAUUACUGAUGGACAAAUCUUCCUUAAGAGCCUCUUGUUUAACUCUGGACAUAGACCUGCAAUAGAUGUAGGUCUUUCAGUUUCUAGGGUGGGUGGUUCGGCUCAAAAGGCCGCGAUCAAACACAUGAGUAGUACCCUUAAGCUGGAACUUGCCCAAUACUUUGAGGUGCUGGAGUUUUCUAAAUUUGGAUCCGAGCUGAACGAACAAACUAAGACAACAUUGAAUUUGGGUUCAAAAAUUCAGAAGUGCUUGGUUCAGAGUCCGAAUUCUCCGCGAUCACCUGGACAGGAACUCUUCCUUCUUUUCAUGAUCAAAGAGAAGCACAUUCUUAGAGUUGAGGAUACCGAGGAUGUUCCGGCUUUCUUGGAUAUAGCUCUUAGAAAAUUCAAGGAGAGUGGAUUGGAAUACAAUAUCGACCUUAAUGUGCCAACCUCUCUAGAACAUAGGGAAUUAAUGAAACAGGUCGUGACCGACGCAUAUGCUGAGUUCAUGAUCAGUAAAAGUCGUUAA